UUAAAAUUAUGCAUGAUACACUGAAGAGACAAUUUGGGUUUCCCCCACCUCUCCCUUGCCCUUGAAGAAAGCAAGCCCUUGUCUCAUUUGCAUUUGCAUUAAACCCCUGCUCUCUAUAAGCUAAGCAAAGGGGAAGGACUUGAAGCCUAUGGGAUGGCUUUAGGGCUCUGCCCCUUGCUUUUGGCUCUCUCUCUCUCUCUUUCUCAUUCUCUCUCGUGCUUUGAUCUCUGCUUAACAACAGUAACGUCACAGGGACUAUACAGGAGAGUUUUGUUGGAAGUUAGAAAGUUCUGCAGCCUCCAGAGGGCUGUAGCGGCAGUAGCAGAAGCAGCAUCCAAGGGACUCCUGGAAGGGGAAGAGAGCGAGCGAGCGACUGACUCAGUCCUGCUGCAGAAAACUGACUCGAGGACGACGGAGGCAGACAUGGAACAUCAGCUGCUGUGCUGCGAGGUGGAGACCAUCCGACGAGCCUACCUAGAUGCCAACCUCCUCAAUGACAGGGUGCUGCAGACAAUGCUGAAGGCGGAGGAGACCUGCUCGCCCUCCGUCUCCUACUUCAAGUGCGUGCAGAAAGAAAUCUUGCCAUAUAUGAGGAAAAUAGUUGCCACUUGGAUGUUGGAGGUUUGCGAGGAGCAGAAGUGCGAAGAGGAAGUUUUCCCCUUGGCUAUGAAUUAUUUGGACAGAUUUUUGUCGUUUGAACCCCUCAAGAAAAGCCGAUUGCAAUUGCUCGGAGCUACCUGCAUGUUUGUGGCUUCAAAAAUGAAGGAAACUAUUCCUCUGACCGCAGAAAAACUGUGCAUUUAUACAGAUAACUCCAUUAGACCCGACGAAUUACUGCAAAUGGAGCUGCUUCUGGUGAAUAAGCUGAAAUGGAAUCUGGCUGCAAUGACCCCCCACGAUUUCAUUGAACAUUUCCUUACUAAAAUGCCUCUGGCAGAGGACACCAAGCAGAUCAUCCGUAAACAUGCUCAGACUUUUGUGGCUCUGUGCGCUACAGAUAUUAAAUUUAUUUCAAACCCACCUUCCAUGAUCGCAGCUGGCAGUGUGGUAGCAGCUGUGCAAGGCCUGCAUCUGGGGAACACUAACACUUUCCUCUCCUAUCAAUGCCUCACACAUUUCCUAUCACAAGUUAUCAAAUGUGAUCCGGAUUGUUUACGAGCCUGCCAAGAACAGAUUGAAUCCCUCCUUGAAUCCAGUCUACGUCAGGCACAGCAGCACAACGUAUCUUCAGAAACAAAGACUGUAGAGGAUGAAGCAGACCUUUCCUGCACACCUACUGAUGUGCGAGAUGUGAACAUUUAAGAGGACUUCUCCUAAUGGGUUUGCUUGGCAAGAAAAGCAAAGAAAGGGCAUCUGAGAAGGAAUCGGCAUCAGGAUCUCCCCCCCAGAAACCCUUUUCUCCAGGACAUUUUUAUACCAGAAGGGAAAACCAGUCUCGUUAUAUUUUUUUCUUGCUCUGUCUCCCUUCCAUCUGUGACUUCAAACAAACAAAUAAACAAAAAAUACCCCAAAAACUGUCUUAAAAAAAGAAAAAAAUAGUAUUUGCAUUACCCCCAGGGGUUUGUGCUACAAAAAUAGAGGAUUUUAUACAAUAAUAAUCAACUAGUUUUUAUAUUAAAGUGUUCUUGUCUGUAUGUUGUAAAAAUAGGCAUUAACACACAAAAUGUCUCCAGGGGAGGUAUUAGAUUUGAUUUCUUACAUACAAAACAAACCAACCAACCAUUUUUAAAGUAGAAGAGGGUGUUUUUUUUUUUUUUUUAGAUAGUAAAUGAAAUAUUCUUUUUUUUUUUCUUUAAAAAAGCAUAGCUUUAACGCAGUUCUAGGCUUUUCUGUAUCUUGCUUGCUUAUGCAUUUAGUCACUUUAUAA